AGAAGCAGCACCUUUAGCGUUAGAGCGGCGUGCUAUGCCUCGUGGUGGAAUGGAUGACCACUGGCCUUCCUCAGAUGAUCAGGGACACGAACCAAAGGAACCUGAACAGCUAAGAAAGCUGUUUAUUGGUGGCUUGAGCUUUGAGACAACAGAUGACAGCUUGAGGGAGCAUUUUGAACAAUGGGGGAAGCUCACAGACUGUGUUGUAAUGAGAGAUCCACAGACAAAGCGUUCCAGGGGCUUUGGGUUUGUUACCUACUCAUGUGUAGAGGAAGUAGAUGCUUCUAUGUCUGCAAGACCGCACAAAGUUGAUGGCCGUGUUGUUGAACCUAAAAGGGCAGUUUCCAGAGAAGAUUCUGCAAGACCUGGUGCACAUCUAACAGUAAAGAAGAUCUUUGUGGGUGGAAUCAAAGAAGAUACAGAAGAAUACCAUUUGCGUGACUACUUUGAGGGCUAUGGCAAGAUUGAAACUAUUGAAGUUAUGGAAGACCGACAAAGUGGAAAGAAGAGAGGAUUUGCAUUUGUUACUUUUGAUGAUCAUGAUACAGUUGACAAAAUUGUUGUUCAGAAAUACCACACAAUCAAUUUACACAAUUGUGAAGUAAAGAAGGCUCUUUCCAAACAAGAGAUGCAAACCGCCAGCGCCCAAAGAGGUCGAGGAGGUGGAGGAAGUAAUUUCAUGGGCCGAGGAGGAAACUAUGGGGGUGGUGAUGGAGGUGGUGGUGGAAACUUUGGCCGAGGAGGUGGAUUUGGUAACAGAGGGGGCUAUGGGGGUGGUGGAGGCCGAGGAGGUGGUUAUGGCGGCGGUGGAGAUGGCUACAAUGGAUUUGGUGGAGAUGGGGGUAAUUAUGGAGGUGGACCUGGCUAUGGUGGCAGAGGCUAUGGAGGUAGCCCAGGCUAUGGAAACCAAGGUGGAGGAUACGGUGGUGGUGGUGGUGGAGGAGGAGCAGGAGGAGGAGGAUAUGAUGGCUACAAUGAAGGCGGAAACUUUGGCGGUGGAAAUUAUAAUGACUUUGGAAACUAUGGAGGACAGCAACAGUCAAAUUAUGGUCCUAUGAAAGCUGGCAACUUUAGUGGAAGGAGCACUGGUGGAAGUGGCGGCAGCAGCAGUGGUCCCUAUGGUGGCGGAUAUGGAUCCGGUGGCGGAGGAGGAGGUGGUGGUGGGAGUUAUGGUGGCAGAAGGUUUUAAGGCUCCCAAAAGAAAAGGCUACAGUUCUUAGCAAGAGAGCGAGGAGUUGUCAGGAAAGCUGCAGGUUACUUUGAGACAGUCGUCCAUGCAUUAGAGGAACUGUAAAAUCUACCACAGGAGCAGCGAUGAUCCAUAGGCAGAAAAGUUACUGCAGCUUAUACAGGAGGCAUUUCUUGUUCAGGACUGUCAUAGCCUCAGUUUGCUAAAAGUGCAGCUGAUUAAUGCAAUGUAGUGAUGAUUUAGAUGUACAUUCCUGAGGUCGUUUUUUUUUUCUAGUUCGUCUCCCAUAUUCCCCCCAUUACAUCAGGUAUAACUGCCCUGUAAAUUGUGUUAGUGAUACCAGGAAUAAAGAAUUAAGGACUUUUUAACUUUUAAAAUUGUGUAGUUCAGUGUUUUCUCACUUGUCAGGGCGUAAAGCAUUGCUCAACAAAAUAAACAUGCUUUUUUUUUAUUCCU